AUGACGGCCUCGGCGCUGCAGGCCGAGCGCCACCUGCUCCUCCUCGGCAGCGGCCACCACCAGCCCCUCCUCCGCAUGCUCCCGCCACGCGUGCCCCUCCCGCGCCGGCGCCGCAGCUGGCCCCGGCCCGUGAGGGUGUCACCCGGCGACGGCGGGGGCGCGGGAGGGUUCGCGAGCGCCGUGGAGAAGCGCUCGAUUUCGGGGAUAGCUGGGGAGGAGGAGCAUGGAGCGAGCGGAGAGGAGGAGCUGGAAGGGGAAGUGGCCGGGGCUUUGGAGCUGAAGUGGCCGCCGUGGGAGGGGUUGGCCGAGCGGUACAAGCUCAUCGGCGCGACCUCCCUCGCCUUCGUCAUCUGCAACAUGGACAAGGUUAACUUGAGUGUCGCAAUUAUUCCAAUGUCACAUCAAUAUGGUUGGAACUCGUCAACUGCUGGCUUAGUUCAGUCCUCAUUCUUUUGGGGUUAUGCGUUGAGUCAACUACCAGGAGGAUGGCUGGCAAAAUUGUUUGGCGGAAGGAAAGUGCUUGAGGUCGGUGUUGUGACAUGGUCUUUGGCCACUGCUAUAAUUCCUGUUGUAGCAGGGUUUAUGCCAGGGCUUGUGUUGUCAAGGAUCCUGGUAGGCAUUGGAGAAGGUGUUUCACCAUCAGCUGCUACAGAUUUAAUUGCUAGGUCCAUUCCCUUGCAAGAGCGAUCAAGAGCAGUUGCUGUUGUCUUUGGUGGUUUGAGCUUUGGAAGUGUCUUAGGACUCCUGUUUGCCCCUCCCAUCAUUCAGAACCUUGGCUGGGAGUCUGUCUUUUACAUAUUUAGCCUUCUUGGGAUUGUUUGGUGCUUAGGAUUUGAAUCUCUUAAAGUGCAACGGUUUGGUGACAAAGAAGGCAUAUUAAAUCUCGGACAAAGUUCUACUGGAUCUGAUGAUCUUAUCUCAUCCGCCAUGUGUUCGGAAUCAUCACACUCGUCAUUGGAAGAUCUGCAAAAUUCACUAAAGGAUGUGCCUUGGGGAGCAUUUUUCAAAAGCAAGGCGGUGUGGGCAAUGAUAUAUGCACACUUUUGUGGAAGUUGGGGGCAUUAUACUUGUUUGUCUUGGCUACCAACAUUCUUUAGUGAGGAGCUGAACCUGAACUUGACAGAAGCAGCAUGGGUGUCAGUCCUUCCUCCUUUGGGUUCAAUGAUCAUUACAUCUAUUGCAGCACCUUUUGCAGACAACUUGAUAUCAAAUGGAGUUGACACCACGAAGGUACGAAAAAUUUGCCAAACAAUUGCCUUUGUGUCACCUGCGACUUUCAUGAUGCUUUCCUCUGUGGAUCUUGGACUGCCUCCCUGGGAAAUUGUUGCUUUUCUUACAAGUGGUCUAGCACUCUCCAGCUUCGCAUUGUCAGGGCUUUAUUGCACCCAUCAAGAUAUCUCUCGUGAAUAUGCAAGCAUUCUCCUGGGAAUCACAAACACUGUAGGCGCUGUGCCAGGAAUUGUAGGCGUUGCACUGACAGGCUUUCUGCUUGAUUCAACUCAUUCUUGGAGUAUAUCACUCUUUGUGCCUUCUAUCUUCUUUUACUUAACUGGUACUGCUGUAUGGUUAGCAUUUGCAAGCAGUGAGCCCCAGGAUUUUUCCAAGUCAGAACCGUGA